GACGUAAUUUUACGGCGCCGUUUUGCUGUAGUUUUAAACGAAGGCUCGGUCAUUUUGAGGUUGUGGUGAGCAGCAAGGAUGCAGAGAACUUAUUCAGCGAGUCGAUUCCUUCUGAGGAGGGUGUGUAGGGGUGACACGAUCUUUGGGAAAUAUAGUAAGCAAAUCAUCCCAUUGGCACAGAGACAGCAGCGAUUGGCAUCAAAUCUACCAAUGAACACCGUGAUCCUGUUUGUCCCACAGCAGGAGGCCUGGGUUGUGGAGAGAAUGGGUCGUUUCCACAGAAUACUUGAUCCUGGUCUCAACAUACUUGUUCCUAUUUUGGAUAGAGUACGUUAUGUCCAGAGUCUAAAGGAGAUAGUAAUUGAUGUCCCAGAGCAGUCUGCUGUCACAUUAGAUAAUGUCACACUGCAGAUAGAUGGAGUUCUGUUUUUGCGCAUAUUGGAUCCUUUUAAGGCCAGCUAUGGUGUUGAAGAUCCAGAAUAUGCUGUUACCCAAUUGGCUCAAACUACUAUGCGUUCAGAACUAGGAAAGUUAACACUUGAUAAAGUCUUCAUGGAGAGAGAAUCUUUGAAUGCCAAUAUUGUUGAUGCGUUAAACCAGGCAUCAAGUGAAUGGGGUAUACGAUGUCUGAGAUAUGAAAUAAAAGAUAUCCAUGUCCCACCAAAAGUGAAAGAGUCGAUGCAAAUGCAGGUAGAGGCAGAAAGACGAAAACGUGCUACAGUGCUUGACUCUGAGGGGACAAGGCAAGCAGCUAUCAAUGUUGCAGAGGGCAGUAAGCAGGCUCAGAUCCUAGCAUCAGAGGGACAAAAGGAAGAGCAAAUCAACAAAGCUGCAGGUGAGGCCAAAGCUGUUUUAGCAAAAGCAGAGGCACAAGCAAAAGCAAUUGAGAUUCUUUCUGAUGCCCUCACAAAUCAGAAUGGAAAUGCAGCUGCCUCUCUUAGCAUUGCUGAACAGUACGUGAAAGCCUUUUCCAAUCUUGCCAAGCAAUCCAACACUAUUCUGUUACCCACCAACACUGGAGACAUUAGCGGCAUGGUCAUUCAGGCAAUGGGUAUCUACAGCACUUUAUCAAAACAAACGGGACAUACUUUGAAGAUUACGGAGAACACAGCCACUGACCAAAACGUCAUAAUGGAGAAGAUGCAGCAACAGACUGAUACUUCAAAUCCAGGUCACCCACAAUGCAGCUAAAAUGCAAGCCCAGCAAUCCAAGCUCUGCCUUUUGAGAAUCCCAUCAUUUUUUUAUACCAUUUACGAUAUGUGAUACUAGCAAAUCAUUAAAACCAAAAACUAAAUGACAAAAUUGUUGCUCCAUAAGGAUUGUUCCACUGACGGCAUUCAUUUAUAGAUCUCAUUCAGAACCUAAACUGGAAUAUUUUCACCAGUUUCAUAUUGAUCAGGUUCAUUCUAGGUUUUCCCUGAUUAAUUUUUAAUUCAAUUUUUCAAUUUAUGUAAAAUCAUCUUCAUUUUGAUAACAUUUUCAGAAACAUUUGAAAUACAUAUUGUCGUAAUAUGUAUGUAAAGUUCCUUGUAAAAUAAAAUUCUAGCAGUUUCUUA